AUCGCAUCAAAGUAACAGCAAUACAGGUUAUAUAUCUAGUUCAACGAGUUCAGAAGACGGAGGAGGUUAUGUUUAAUUCUGAAUUCGGAGCCUGUUUAUUAAAUCAACAAAUUCAGAAUACGGACUUUAUUUAAUUCGGAGUAUUUAGAAUAAAUCUGUCUAGUCCAACGAGUCCAAAAAAAAAAUAAGGAUACCAAUAUGCCUACCCUGUUGACAGAAAAGAACUUCGAGUGUCGGGUGAGUUCUGUGCUAAACAAGAACGUUCAAUCUUAUGGAAAGAUGUAUAUGUUUGAUAAUUGCAGCGAAACGUGUUGGAAUUCGGAUGCUGGAAGUCCACAGUGGGUUUUCAUUAGCUUUGAAGAAGAAUGCAGUCUUUCCAGCUUUGAGAUAGAAUUCCAAGGUGGAUUUGCUGGAAAGAAUUGUCAUGUAGAGGCCGGUAAUGAUAAAAAGGAGCUGACAAUUAUCCAAUCUUUUUCACCAGAAGAUACGAACAAGUUACAGCGAUUUAACUUGAAAAAUCAGAUUAGCGCCAAGGCUAGAGGCUGAAACUUUAUGUCGUCGACAGCAAAGCCUCCGUUACUGGCGCUUCCCUCAAGAAUAAGCCGAUACGGAGUUCGCGCUUCAAUCGCCACUUGUGCCGCCAUCCAGACCGGUCGCGGAUUAUUCAAUCCUUUGGCUGUUAGAGACCAUAACUGAAAUAAUGAAAUUAAAGGUUUAAAACAAGAGUGAACCAUAUUUAUACUGUUUCGUAAAAAAUGUUUAUUUCAUGCAUUUGAUAUUAAGUUGGAAGUAAAGCAGAAGUUAAAA